AUUACAGCGUAGCAGUGUUACUUGGAGUGUCUGAACCUAUUGUGUUAAAUACUACAGAAGCUUGGCACAGUACCUAGGCAGGAAAUAUCCGUUCCCUCGUCGCUUUUACAGUUGUUAAAUUUACUGCAUGCUAUCGGACUUAGUUACCCUCAUGAUCAGCUUUGAUUUCUACAUGGUGGACUGUACGAGUACUGCACAAGCUGCGUUUCUUGAACAAGACUCGAAAGAAUGAGUUCAAGUGAGUACCAGUAUGUCUCUACCUUCGACACGACCCAGACAACACAACUCAUAGUUAAUAAUACGGUAAAUUCCUCGUCAGCAAAUGGUGUUCUCACCCCAACAGACACUGCUUCACCAGAGUCAAACUUGGUUCAAAAUGGGGACUUAGCUGCAUUUGUUAGCCACGUUCUUUACCUGGAAAACAAAUUGCGAACCGAGACUGGAAACGUUCUUUUCGAUACUGAAAAUGAAGUAUUCGGUUCCAAAGUUGACAUUGGCGAGGGAGCUUCAUUUCGUGUCCAGAGAGCAGAAUGGCGACCGAACGGUAACGGCAGCAAAUCUGGCUCGGAAACAAAAUGGGGCAAAUACGUCGCCCUAAAGGCUGUUCGUGCGAAGCAUAACAAUGGGAAGAGUGACUGGCGAGAAGUUAUAUCGGAAGUCAGGUAUGGAGCGGCGUUGGCAGUUCUAGUCACCCGUCUACAAUACAAAAACUAAUAAUCAUCAGAUGCCUUCUCCAUGAGCCGCUAAGAUAUCAUCCAAAUUUGGUACGCUUACUGGGAAUUGGUUGGGGUCCAUCAGCCGACAGCAGUUCAGUAUAUCCUCAACUCGUUAUGGAGUUUUCCGAAAUAGGGUCUAUGGAUGCACUUCAACGGCCGAAUGAGCCUCUUCCUUUUGCGAUCAAGCAGAAGCUAUGUUAUGACAUUGGACGCGGGCUGUCAAUCUUACACGCAUGUGGGAUCAUACACGGCGAUCUCAAUCAUCGAAACGUUCUCAUAUUCCCAAAUACAGUCAAAGCCGCUGGUCAGCCAUACACAGCAAAGAUCUCUGAUUUCGGUGGCUCAAUUAUGGAUGUGACGAGGAACGACAGUCGCUUGCUACGAAUGUCAACCUGGCCAUAUGGUGCUCCAGAAAUUGGAAAAUCACUCACAGAGGAAGUAAUCAAGAAGACUGAUGUUUACUCAUUUGGGCUUUUAAUCUGGAGAACAGUUCUAGAUUGCGGAAACAUCUUACAGAUUUUUGACCUAACAGGCGAAAGGAGCUCACAUUCCGAGGAAGUGGUAUCUAACCUGAAGCUUGGCGGUUCCUUUCUUUCUGGAGCUGAGAAAAGCAUCCAUGAAUACCAGGCAACAAAAGGUCUUCACAAGGAUGCUCUGGCGAUGAUCAUUCAUGCCUUGAAAUCCACAAUACAGUAUGAGCCAUCAAAUCGAGACCUGACAUGUACUCAAUGUAUUUUGAAUGGUAUAGAGUAAGUCUUACACCACUGUAUCUUAGACGUGGCUGGACCAAUAUAUCAUGGUCCUUGAUACUGAAAUGAAAUUGGUACUUAGUGCAAAAGAAAUUCCUGCCUAUCUUCAGUGGAUCAAUAAAAAGAAUGAUAGAGAUGCCGAGCAGAAAAGAGCAAGAGCUCCGGUUUGUCGAUAUAUCUUCUAUUCCAUGCUUCGUACUUACACUGUUUAGGGACUUCACGGUCUCACUCCGGACGGCCUUGGUGCUGCACUUGGGAGAAUGGGCUACGAUCAUGACCCACAAGACAAUAAGUAUGUGUUUUCCAAACUGAAUGCUGAGUAUCUACACUUGACCUUUUUUUCGGCUGCUGGGUAUCGGUAGUACACAUGCUGAGAAGUUCAACAGACCAGGAUAUCGGCCAGUAUUAGACCAUCCAGAGGCCGGAGAAGUAAGUCUUCGAAUGAUGUUAUUCCGAAAUGGUUACAGCAUACUAAUAAGCCUGCAAAGUUUCUCUUUGAACCUCUGAGAUUGAAAAAUAUACUAAAUUGGCAACAACAACAACUCAUUGUCAAAGAAUUUGAGCGCGCAGCCUCCAUGGCUCCUCACGACUCACCUAUUGAGCUUCAACCACAUAUGGCAGCAUUCUGCCUCUUUCAAUGCUACCUAACCGAAUUCGGUACUUCUUUCGACGCAGAACGAGUGGUUCACUGGAUUUCACAGGCUAGUUCUGGCCCAGAAGAUGCUGGAGGUGUCAUCUACUAUGCUCAAGCAUGGAUAUGGAGAAUAUCAAAUGCUUUCGACAUGGCUUGUCCAAAGCCCGUUGAUGAGCUGAAAACCUUUUUGAAGAUGAGUAUUCUUCGAGGACAUCGCACAUGCUUGAUAGACGGAGAAUUUAUCUGCGAUCAUUCUCUGAAUGACGAUUCACCACCAUCAUGGGACAUCAUCCUUCGAGAUAGCCGAUUAUUACUUAAUAGAAUCGCUGCUGGACUCGGAAUGCCAUACUUUGCACAUAGAAAACUUCGCAGGGACUACAAUCUGCAUGAUCUUCCCCAUCUCGAUGACUUGAUAAAGCAAGAGUUGGGCGGAAGUUACAACAAGUGCCUGAAACCUGAUACAACACAGCCGAGUAAACAUCCCCAGGAAGCCAGCGAACGACCAAAAGCACCAAACUUCGAGUCCAUAUUUGUCAAUCACAUCGGACAUGGUUUGCUUCACUAUGCAGCGACCAUGGGUAACUACCCAGCGCUUCUACAUAUGAUAUCCAAAUAUCAGGUCGAUAUCGAUGUGAAAGAUCAGACUGCCUACGAGACACCUUUAGUCUGUGCUUGUCGUUCUGGAAACUUCACAUGUGCUAUGCUUCUCUUGGAGCAUGGUGCUAACCCCAAUGGUUCUGAUAGUGGCGUUGAAACACCUUUGUAUUGGCUCUGUAGUUUUAACGGGGGAGAAUUGACGGAGCUUGCACAGAAACUCGUUGAUGCUGGGGCAUACAUUGAUGGUGGAGGAAAGAAUACCAUAAGUAAGGUUCUUUCUGAUUUGUGAUGGUUCUUCUACUAACUUAAAUCUUCUCUACGCUUUCGAAUACCGUCAUUGACUAAAUGAUUUAUACAGGGAGUGACGUGCGUUUCAUUUUGGCAGACUGGGAAAAGCUGUUUACAGUCCCAGUAACCAAUCUGGGCCGCGCAGUCAUAAUGAACAAUAUAGAAGCAGUCCGGGUGCUCCUGAAACUCGGAGCAAAUCCGUUGGCCAAACCCGACCGCAAGAAAGAUGAACGGGAAAAUAGCGCUGUUAAUAUUGCUGCGCUCCUUAACCUUCCUGAAAUCCUGGAGACUUUGCUACUUCAUUUGGUUUCAGCCGACGUUGAACAGUCUAGUAAGAGAUCCGAUCAUUCCUUCUUGUAAAGGGAUUAGCGGAGAAAAUACUAACCGAUAUGAUAUCAGAAUCUCAUAUCUUCGAUGAAGGAGAAAUGCUUCUCGCAGCCCACAGCAAAAAGAAUCUUCCAUCCGAUACUACUCUCCUUCAAUCUCGACUAGUGAGACACGGUUCAAGUUACAAAUCGUCAAUGUCCAAAACGCUGAAACUCCUUCACUCAAAUCGACAAAAGUACCCUAAAGUCUCCAAGGCGGGAGAUUCUCAAACUAUCCCAGAGGUCUCAGAGGGUCUAGUUCUUAGUCAAGAAGUCAAGCUUGGAAAUAUCGAUAUCGCCGAGACCCUCAUUGCCCUUGAUCAUUCUCCAAAUGGCUCCCCAGAUCACCGACCCCUCGUAGAGGCAGUAAAACUCAACCACGAAAAUUUAUUCAGGUCACUUAUUCAACUCGAUGCCGAUAUCAAUGUGAAGUAUACCCUGGAUGAUGGUCGGCAGUACUCACUACUACAAGUCUUCGCUGAUCGUCCAAGAUCCUCUCAACCGGAUCUGUUCAUCGCUGAGUUUCUUCUUAACAAGAAAGGAAUGUCACUAGACUCUAUUUCGGACAGCACACCUUCAGCGUUUUGCUUGGCGGUGUUGAAUCAGGAUUUCGAGCUGGCCGACCUUCUUCUAGAACAUGGAGAAAAUGUAAAUCACACAUACCAGACAGAGCUAGAAGGGCCAACGAUCACAGUCCUAGCCGAGCUAGCUCAAACCCACACUGCAAAAAACUUAGCAAGCAUCGAGUACAUCCUCUCGCUAAAAGGCCAAAACAAUCCAAAGCAGGGGAACGAAGAGCACCUCAAAAGCCCAGAACAACCCAAAAGCUCCCCACCAAUCCUAGACUUCAUAGUCGACAAGACCAACUCCCUCUCAAUCCUCCACAUUCUCUCUCGCACUCCCCACGAAACACUCAACAACACCGCCCAAACAACACCCCGCAUCAUAAACACCAUAGUGAAAAUGUUCAGUCUGCCAGAACAAAUCAACAACCACCAUCCCAUCCACGGCACACCCCUUUGUCUCGCAGCUUCAACAGCAAACGUACAUAUGGUAUCCACAUUAUUAGAACACGGAGCGGGUAUCACCAUCGAAGCACCCAGCUUACCCCAAGAAAUUACCGAUCGCUAUGGAAGUGUUGGAGAUUCCUCCUCAGUUCCCGCUACACCUCUGCAUAUCGCUCUAAUAUCCGCGUGUAUCCAAUUUAUGGACCAGCGUUCAGUAUCAUCUACUUCCAAUCACUUGUUUCUCGCGAAAUUACGAGACAGUCUCCAGAUCGUGGAACUGCUGUAUUCACAACAAGAUAUAGAAGCCGGGGGCGAUGGCUCGAAAGGCGCAGACUUUACUGGGCACCAAUUGCAAAGCUGGAAAGACGCACUAAAGAACCGGGAGAAAGGGGGAUCGGGAAGUCAGAGAUUUGGCGGGUUGAUGAAGUAUGUUAAGGACUGGGGAGGGUUAAAGAACAUGUGGGAUGAUGAGGAGGAGGGUAGGCCGGUGAAUUUAUGGGGGAUGGAGGAUCGUGAGGGACAGAAACGGAAAAGUGAGGUGACGGGUAAGGAAUUAAUAGGCUAUUAGCGUACUGUGUAAGUUGAGUGGGGGUUUUCUUGAAGAGUCCCGUCUCUUGAAUUAAAUGGGUAUCUUUCCUUUUACAAAUUUAAAUCUGAUAAUCAGGGCCUGUUUAGAUCGCUGAAUUUAAACAACUAGCACUGUACGAGAAACUAUGUUUGUAAAUGUAGAUUUGUUUUAUAAAAAUCUUAAUGUAUAC